GGGGCGCGCGGCGCGGCCGGCCCGCCUCCGCCGCGCCCGUCCCACCGCACCCUCAUCGGCCCGCCUACCACCACGAGUACCACCACGCGGACCUGCAGCAGCUGCGGGUGGCGCAGGGCGGCGUGGGUGUCGGCGUCGGCGCAGGCCUGGUCGUCCAGUACGGCAUCGGAGCACCCCUGGCGCCGCCGCUCGCCCAGGCGUUCUACUACGGAGCCGCGGCUGCUACAGCCACGCCUUAUGGCAUGGGGCUUGACCACGCCACGCUGAAAGACCUCAUCAAGAAGCAGAUCGAAUACUACUUCAGCCCUGACAACUUGGCGCGCGACUUCUUCCUCCGCCGCAAGAUGGCGCCCGACGGUACCAUCCCCGUCACUCUCAUCGCGUCAUUCCACCGCGUGCGGGCGCUGACAGCUGACGUGCAGCUGGUGUUGGACGCCAUCCGGGACUCGGACAAGCUGCAGCUGAUAUCCGGCUUCAAGGUGCGAACAGCGUUCGAACCAACCAAAUGGCCGAUCCUGGACAUCACCAACCACGAAGACAGCGAUAAGGUUGAAAGAAAACCAGAUUACAAGCCGAAAGACGCGCCGAAUCCCGAAUCGGAGACCGAAAAGCCGCAUUCCGACUCUGAGCACGCCGAAGCCGAAGUCGUAGCCGAAAAGCCGAACGUUGAGGCCGAAACUUCGAUUGAGACUGUUUCGGCUGAGGAGUCAAAAAACGAGGAGUCGAGCAUGGAAAUGGAAGAGCAGAAGGAAGCGCCGAGUAUAGCAGAGAAAGAAAUUGAAGAGAGCAUACAGAAGGUCGAAGAAUUGACGUUGACAACGAGUGAGAAAGUAGAGGAAACUCAGCCAGAUCCAGACGCCGUUGAAUCGCCGACGGAAGACGACCCGGACAAGAAGAACGAUUCCAUAGACGACCCGCCGCUGCAGUCCGAAGCCAGCGACGAGAAACCCGGCGAGAAACGACGCAGGAAGCAAAUGGUGGGCAUAUUCCCUCUCGCCACGAUGGGCGGGCCGCUCGUCGCGCCUGUGUCGAGCCUUCUGAAGGCAGUGCCGCCGCCGCCCUUGCCCAGAAUGUUCCGCACGGGCCGCCUGGCGGCGCCUGCGCACGACCAUCUGAACCCGGACGUGCCCGAGUUUGUGCCGCUCUCGCGUCGGCAAGAAGAGCCGAGUGAAAAGUCCUCCCUGGAUGAGAGGUCCGUGUCCAUUGGCAGCCCCGAUUCGGAAAGAAGUGCCAGCGAUGUUUGGACAGAAGUGAAAAGGCGCACAAAAGCGGGAUCCCGCGAGAGAGCGCCGCCGCCGCCGCCCGAAGACGAGCCGCGUGAAGAACUCCAUUUCCAGCUAGACGAGGAGCUGGACCUGCCGCCUCCGAGGCACAACACCUUCACCGACGCCUGGUCGGACGAAGAAUCAGACAUGGAGUUCACCGAUCGCGACGUCGGCAGACUGCUGAUCGUGACGCAGGCCGGCGCGCGCGCGCCCAAGCACGACGGCCACGACCGCCAGGGCGACUGGACCACGCGCACUAAGAUCACACAGGACUUGGAACAGGUAAUAACGGAUGGCCUCAGACGCUACGAAGAAGACCUGUGGAAUGACACCGAAUACACAUCGUCGUACGGCAGCGGCAGCAACCAAUACCGCACAGUGUCGCUGAUCAGCCGCGAGAAGUUCGAAGCUUCGGUGCCAAGCGAGCGCCACGCCAACCCGGCGGAACCGCCGCCACCGCCGCCGCGCCCGCAGAAGGCCGAGUCGACGGAGGGCGGCAAGUCGAAGAGGCCGCGCCGCACGGCUUGCUUCUACGCUGCCAGCAAAGACCCGCACGCUACCGAUGUCAUUACCAGCAGGAAGAACAAAACACGUCACAGCAUCAACCCACCGGUCGAACACCACGUAGGCUGGAUCAUGGACGUGCGCGAGCACAGGCCGCGGACGCUCAGCGCCGGAUCGUCGCUAGGGACCUCGCCUACACUGGGCUCGUCCUGCGGCUCCGUCCCGCAGUCCCUGCCGGCGUUCCACCACCCGAGCCACGGCCUGCUCCGCGAGAACCACUUCACGCAGCAAGCCUACCACAAGUACCACUCGCGCUGCCUCAAAGAGCGCAAGAAACUGGGCAUCGGCCAGUCGCAAGAGAUGAACACACUCUUCCGUUUCUGGUCGUUCUUCCUCAGGGACCAUUUCAACAGGACCAUGUACAACGAGUUUAGGACGUUGGCGAACGAAGACGCCGCCGCCGGCUUCCGGUACGGGCUGGAGUGCCUCUUCCGGUUCUACUCCUACGGGCUAGAGCGGAAGUUCCGUCCGGAGCUGUAUCAACACUUCCAGCAGGAGACCAUUGCUGAUUACGAACAAGGCCAGCUGUACGGUCUGGAGAAGUUCUGGGCGUUCCUGAAAUACUACAAGCACGCGUCCGCGCUCCAGGUGGAGCCCAAGCUAAAGGCGUGUCUCGACAAGUUUCCGAGCAUCGAGGACUUCCGGGUGCUCGAGCCGCAGCUGAACGAACUGCUAGCCAGCUGCGGGGCCGCGGCGCCGGGGCGCGGGCCCCACGCGCGGCCCUACGACCGCCACCGCUCCGUCUCGGAGAGCGACCGCGCGCUGCGCCAGGCCUCCAAGACCAGCAAGCACAAGCACAAAUGGUCCAACGACGGCAACAGCGGCCGAGACAACCGCGGCCGCGCCGGCUCCUGCGGCGCUCAGAGCGUCGUCGCCAACGCGCGUCCUCGACCAACAUCGAAUCAGUGCCAGCAGCCAAACUAAUCGCCAGUCGCAGCCAAACGCCACCGCGGGAACUUAGCGAGAACCAAACACCUGUAAAUAACUAAAAAAAAACCCGCGCGUGUUACUUAAACUUAGUGUUAACAGACAAAAAAAUGCAUUUUUAUAAAUAAAUUCGAAAAAAAAAGUUAAAAAGUUGCAAAAAAUGUUGUGUAUACAGCCGAAGUGUCAGUGUGUGUGGACUGUAUAGUUAGUAGUGCUGAUAGGACAGUGUGAGUGUUGUGCUCGGACCCGCUUGGAGUGGUCCGAACACGGUCCGGGCUGUCUGGAUCUGCAGGCUGGUCAAAAAUGGAGCCUAGCUUGUACGCAUCGACAAUAAACGCUGCGCGAUAGUCACCAUGAAUUAAUAUAACGUAUAUUAUGACUUGACACUGUUAGAGUAAGUAUAUCAUAACUAUAAUACGUGCAGUGUGUCUGGACUAACUUCGAACUGUGACUUUUAGCUCCAAUUUGAAACCUAUGACAUUACACGCAUAACUGAAGUAUACGGUCCUUCAUCCGCCAUCUUGUAAAGAAAUUUUACGCUUUAGAGUGAUGUCCUUUAGGUUUUUUUUCGUCUGGUUACAUUGUCAUAUUGUGUGCCUUUAAAAAUUUAAUACUUUUAUAUUUCUAUCUUCUUUUUUUCUAUUUUUUAAUCUGUUAUCUAUAGCAGCUGGCUCUGGCUUUUAGAAUCGUUUACUAUGUCUGUGGUUAGUCCAGAAACACUGUAACUAUAUAUUUUUGACAUUGUAUAAUACAUGCAACUUCAUUUUGAGUCGUAUUUAGUUUCAUCAUAAUAUAUUGUGAAAGGAUAAUUUAAGUUUUUUUUUGUAUUCGCCUAAGUAGCUAAAGACCUGGUCUUGGUGCUUGACGAUUAUGCUUCUUCUGCCAAUUGUAAUACCGUUCAUUGUUCCGAUCUCUUCAUUUAGGCCGAAUUCACAUUGGACUAGCUAAACGAAGGGUGCAACGAAUUUCGGCUUUUAGAAAUUACGGUUUCUUUCACACGUAGUGUUUAAGAAACAACGCUGAUUGUUCAUUAGCAAAUUAUAGGAAAUUUGUAGUUGGCGAUUGUGCACUUAAGGCUCGAAUGUUUUAACGUUUCGCUGUCAUUGUAAAUAUCUAUAGUCGAGUUCACUUGGCUGGGAAAUGGAGUCCAGUGUGGACCGGCCGUUGUUUACUUUAGGAUGAAAAUCGUGGACAUGUACAGAUGUUGAUAUUUUUUCUGGUAGACAAAUUGAUAUUAGUGUGGACUUAAUAGUUCAAAAAUGUAUAAAAUCGUCAGAAAGACUGGCUAUCUGCAUGUUAAAGUAAAAUGUAAAGAUUAAAUGAGUGGUGUGAAAUAAAAACUGGUGGUUUUGGACUAUGUGGGGAUGAUUUUUUUGUUUAUUAGCAGACUCAUAAAGACUACGAACUUGAUUUAGCCCUUUAUUGAUAAAGUAAGCUAAAGUUGCUGUUAGGACAGCUAGUUCAGGCUGAAUUUGUAAAAAUCGUCUUUGAUGGUAAGCGUCAGAGUUGCCUUAUAGUAGAAUCAGUAGGUAACAUAAUCUUAUGCUCUAUCCUCGGAGGCUGUUUAACAUAAUAUCAUGUUCUCUCUUUUCGGGUCUGCCUACAAAUACUGCCACUUGAUUAUAUGACACAACUGAGCACACAAUUUUCUAGUAUUUACUCAAGGGCUUAGAAUGUUAUACCGUUGUGGAGAUUUGAUAUAUUUGUUUGUAAAUUCAUCAAAAAUGAUAAUUUACUUUCCUAAUUAUUUUUCUUAGACUUGAUCUAAGAGUUCUAUCAAAUGUAUGUCAUGUAUUUAAUUGUACUUGAUUACUCAAUUUUGUUGAAAUAACGGCAUCUAACUAAUAGUUGUGUUGUAUUAUGGCAUAAUUAUUGCACCUAAACCUUUUUUAAUACAUUUCUUUCUGAUUCCCACAUGUAAAAUCUGAAGUCUUGUUUUGUGUAUUUGGAUGAUGUGUUGAUUUCUUCUGUGACUUUCGUAAACAUGUGCAAACAUUAUUAUGAUUUGAUCAAAUCUCUGAAACAGUCAAAUAUUCAAGCCAAAAGUCGGUCUUACAGCCUCAAUCGAGUACGACCAAUUCUAUCAGUUAUCAUUGGUGUCUGAUUGACGUUGGAGCCGACUCGUGUAUAAAGUACUAACACUAACUUGCUCAAUGUAAUGGUUUUUUAUGUACGGAAGUGAUAUCGGACUUGUGACGUGGUUUGUAAAUUAUCCAAAUCAAAUCCUAUUAUUUCAAAUAAAAAAAGCUUUUGACUACAAAUAUUUUCUUUGAAAUUAAACCGUCACUGAUAGAAUAUAUUCUUUUACGGAUAUAACUCAGGAUUUGGAUAAUGUACCCUCAAUAUUUUAUUUAAAACUGUAUAUUAUACUAAAUGUUAAUUAAUAAAUAAACGAUUGGUAAGGUGUGUGUCGAUAUGAUACUUUGAUUUUUAGUGUGUAAGUGUGCUUUUUAUUUUUUAUGAAGUGUGUGCGUAGCUAUGUGCAGAUUUAAAACAUAUUACAUGUAUGUACUGAUCGAUAAAGUAAUAUAACAUCCGUAAUAAUAUUUUACGAGAUUAAAAUAAUAUAAUCAAGAAAAAAAAAUGAUAUUUUUUUGUCCAAAAUGGUGGUGCACACACUUUAUUCAAUAACUACUAGAUUAAUGUUAAAAUUAAAUAUUAUGUCUAAUAAUGCUUAGAUCGCUUCAAUAUAAAAUAGUUCCUAUACGUUGUAAUUAAAUGUUUAGCUUGUUUAUUUCAAAUCUCUUGGCACAGAAAUCGUUCAUAACUCUGAAUAUAUACUUAAAAUAUCGAAAUGCUGUUAUAUUUCUAUUAUUUUAGAGUUAGGAUUAAAAGUUCUAAAAAUAUUUUCAUUUAGAUUAAAAUGCACGUAUGUAGUUUCAAAAAGAUGUUAAGUAAGGAUUGUCGGUGGUUAUUUUUUUGUUUCUAUCGAUAUUGAAGCGAAUGUAAUCAUUAAAUUGAAUGUAAUUCUAUAGACUAUACAGACAGUAUCGGUGUUUAGGUAUAAAUAUAUGUAUCGAGCUUACAGUUUCUACCGUUUCUUGACGACGGUCAAAUUGGGCUGGCGAAGUCUCGAAAUAAUCGAGUUUUACUACUGGCAACAUCGAAAGGCGUGACGUCACUAAAAGUGGCUUUAGUGGAAUUUGUGGCCAACAAAAUUGUAGAAACUCAGUGACGUCACUCUAGGUAGCUUCUCCAGAAGUUGUCAAUAUUGCCAGCUCAAUAAAUCGAUCGUUCUGGAAGUCACGGGCCAAUAACUUAUUUGGUUUAUCUUCUAACUUCUUCAUAGCUGACUUUCCUACAUCAAAUCAAAUCUGACUAAUCAAAGCAAUAUAAACCUUCUUACUUAGAUAUACGCCAUAAAAUCGUGCGAUAACAGUUUUCGCAAAGGCAAUUACAUUAAUGUCAGUUUGCUAUAAUCUAUCCCAAUCCAAAUUCGACAAACUUUCAAUUUUUUUAUCUGUUUUUGGUCAAAAUAUCCUCGGAUUUCGAUGUUUUCAUAUUGUUCAAAAGACUAUUCAAACAAUAAAAAAGUGUAAUAGCAUCGAAAUUGUGGAUUUUUGAUCAAAAACAGAUUGAAAUUUGACAGAUGACGGACGGAUUUGGAUAGUGAUUGAUUUUGAUUGGUAGGUGUGUCAAGAUUCGCUAUGAAGAAGACCUCUUUAUUUUUAAAACCAAUUAAUGAUUAUAAUAUUAUAGUGGUUACAAUCUUUUACGGUUUCUGUGUCGCAAUGACCAAGGUUCUAUAAUUACAGUUGGUUGACUUUUCCAGCUUUUGUUUAAAAAUAACAUAAAUUCUUCAAAAUUUUAUGAAUUGUCAAUGAUGGAUUAAAGUUGUUGAAGUCAAUCUUUAAAUAAAUUCGGUUGUAUAUGUAUACAUUAGUCCUUUCUUUUUUCACUUUCUGAAUUCUGUAUUAUAAACUUCAAAAUUGUAAAUAUGUUUCGAUUAAAUGCGUUCAUAGCAAUAUAUUCUUUUAAUUCAUUUUCACACCUUUCCAAGUGAAAGAAGAAAGGAAUGAUGGGGUAUCUUUUGAACCGUCCCGUUAAAUAGUUUAGUGCAUUUGGUAAAGUUAACCAUAAACGUUAGUUUGGUUCGAAGCGAUCAUGAGCUCACGCGGUGGCGCAUUUUCAUGCAAAAGUUGUAUUAUUUCAUACACUUUAUAUUAGAAUUUUAAUAGAGCUCACUCUAAAAUUACUGCUAGCAUAAAAUAAAAAUUUUACCAAAAAAAAACUAUUAUUCAAUUUGUUAUUAAUCCAAAAUUACAUUAAUUUUACGUUCAGAUGCGUAUAGAACAAAGCUAAAGACUCAAUUCAAUUUCAAGCAAAAAUUCAGACUUAUAAUUGGUAGAAUUUCAACAUAACCAAUCGCAGAACAGAAUUUAUGAGUUAAAAUAGUGAAACACAUUCGGUAUUUUUGUAUGAGUUUAACUCAAAACUGUCGCGUCCAGACCCGUUUUCCUCUAUUUUAAUUUAAUAAUGCGAAAGUUUAGAAUCUAUGACUGAUAUUGAAUCGAGUUUUGAACGUUGUUUUGUAUUACAUACAGUCAGCGUCAAAUAGUUCGUGACGCCCAAAGUAGCCGAAAUGUUGGCAACACCUCUUUGUUAGAAUUGGAAUAAGGUUGUUUUGACAACUUUUUGACCACUUUGGAACUAUUUGACGCUGAAAAGAGCCAUAGUGUAAUUAUUUUGCCCUAUUUUUGAUUGUCUUGCUAGCUUUCUAUGCUAGGGUUCGUAGGUUAUACAUGAUAGCUGUAUACCAACAGUUAAGGAUUGAUUUUUCCAUACUGUUAGAUUUUAAUUUAAUAGAUAUCUAAUUAGAAGGCCUAAAUCGGCACAUAAACAGUAAAUCCCUGUAACUACAUGGUCAUUUUUCUAUAGUAGAUGCUGAUAAAUCUUGCUUGAGUAAAUAAGACAGUCACACGCUGCGCGCUGUAAUAAGAGUUAAAUUUAAACGAUAAGUAAUUGAAAUUACAAAAAAAAACUUGUUUACAAAACUAGUCCCAAAUACUUCAUAUUUGUUGCGAAUGCGUCGCCGCGCUUACAUUAAUAUUGUUAAGUUUUUUUUAUUAAGUUCUACGUCAUGAUUGUUGCAAUUUAUUUUCUUUCGUAAGACGCCAAAGGAGAAAACAACAAAGUGCUGAUGUAUACACAAAAACUAGGGUAUUGUAUGAACGAAAAAUAUACAAAAAAAAGUCUUUCUAAUAAUCAUAAGUUAAAAUCUAAGUUUUUGAAUCAGUAAUGUUUUUUCCAUUGGAUUACCUAUAGCGUUUGUUAUUUUUGUUUCUUAUAAUUUGAGUAAAAAAAACGAUAAAAAAUUGGUUGUUGUAAUAUAGAAAUGAGUAGAUUGUUUAAUAGUCGUAGUCUAAUAUAAGUAGGUAUACCCUUUGGAGAUAAAAUAAGAUGUUUUUUAAGGAUGCUUGAUGCUCUGCGGCGGCAGUGCCAGCCUGGUAACUGACCAUAGAGGUGUAUGUUUUUUUUAAUUUCCACAAUUGUAUCAUGAAUUGAGAAGCAUUUCAACACUGUCGCUGUAAGCACCUUAUGGCUGUAAGUUAUACAUUAUAUACAUAUUAUUAUAUUGAUAAAUAAAUUAAUAAUAAAAGCA